UGAUGUUUGUGAAUACUCCAAAGUCCCUGGACCCUUGUCCGUAUCUGACAAGGUGACGCAUGUUGGCCGCGCGUUCUUUUGAUUGGACCAACCAAAGUCCCGAGUCUCCAGAGAGCGCGCUUAACUUGACUCGGUGUUCCGGGAUGGCAGGAGAAGGCAUUGAUUGAUAAGGAAGAUCCAUCCGACACACAUGAGACUCCGAGCUUUGAUACCGAUUGUUUGCCUGAAUGUGGCGAAGAUGAUAAGCUAGACUUCCUCUUCCUUUCCUCUUCCUUUCCUCUUUUUAUCUUCAUUUGCAUUUCAUAGAAUCACCGAAGAAAAAGCAUGCGUUCACUGCGAGCCUUGACGACGUCGCUGCUGGCGGUGCAGUUCACUGCCGUCGCGGCGGAUGAGGUACAGAAACCCGUGGGUGUAUCAUCAUCGUCGUCGUCGUCAUCGACAUCAUAUUCAUCAUCUCAAGAUGAGUCCAACCCUUCAUCGCCGUUUACAGCAACACCAAAGAGUGAUGGUACAGAUCCAUCACCAUGGUACGCUCGACUGAAUUACUCGUCGCCCGCGCCUCACCUGUUUGCUUCGGCGUAUGGAUUGCUCCAGCAGUGGAGUAACACAGUGUUCCCUAACGGACACACGAUGGCGGCGGUGGAGGUACCCGCGUUUACGCUGCUUUAUCACGGGAGGAUGGAUGAGGAGGAUGUGCCGAGUCCGGAGUGGCUUGCUUUUGAUAUGUGAGUUUUUUUGGUUGCACGAUCCCCUUCCGCUGUUUUUGUGUGUGCCCGUGUUAUUCAUGGUUUCGAUACGUGUUUGGUUGUGAUGUAGAUGUUUCAUGGUGUGUGUGUGUGUGUAUGUGUGUUUGUGAUACCGAGUCUCGUAGAUGAAAAGUUUACUGGCUUGGGCAGGCUAACACGAAUACAAUUUCAGAGAAAUGGCCUACGGUAUAAUGGGCAGCACCCGCCAAAGCUACAUGCUAACAUACCAAACCACGCGGCCCGUGAAAGCGCUCUACUUUGACGGCGAGUCCGCUGCGCUGAUGGGGUUCGGGCAGCUGGACACGCAGAUGCUGCAUUUAUACGGCAACGUAUCCGGUCCGAAGAGUGAUGGAGGUCCGUGGCGCGGGUUGGAGCCCGAGUAUCAGAGGGCCAUGGGGCUCUGCGACUGGUUGUUGGAGAAGGGGCUGCGCGGACCGGGGUGGGGGUU